GGAGUUCUUUUCAAAAAAAAAAAGAAGAAAAAAGAAAAGGGGCCUCUGCCUCUGCUGUGGGAGGGGUGAUGGCGGACUGCACGAGGUGUCUGCCGUCCUUCUUUGGAACCAAGCUGAUCCCGGCUUGCAAUGCACGAAAUCGGAUGUGGGUCAUGCUGUAGCCACGGUUGCCAGUCUCCCACAUCAGAUUGCAACUUGUGUGUGUGUGUGUGUGUGUGUGUGUGUGUGUGUGUGUGUGUGAGAGAGAGAGAGAGAGAGAGAGAGAGAGAGAGAGAGAGAGAGAGAGAGAGAGAGAGAGAGUCUUUCUCCUCGUCAGGCUGUCGAUAUUUUGUUGAGUUGUUUGAAUGCGGGUAGCACUACCCCCUUGGUCGAGAAUGGCCGUCCGGAUUUUGCAGUCGAAUGCACAGUUGGAAGAAAAUCGCAAGAUUGCCACUUGUUCCUACGCCAUGAACUCUCUGAUGAGCACUGACGCAAAGAACCCUCCUCGAUAGAUAGAUUGUGCAGUGUUUAUCUUGACACCAAGAUUUGUGAACUAUUUCGUCCAUCCAUUCUUUCGUUCGUGCGCGCACUUUCUCGUCUUUCGAUUGUCCGAUUGUCAAGUCGAUUUUUGUUUUUUUUUAUUUUUUUUCCCCUUUUGUGUUCAAGAUUCGAUUGUCCGUGCGUUUCAGCGAUUGUCCGUUCGAACCACGGCAGUUCUCUUCUGCUGCGUUUGGGGGUUCGAACGGAGAGCUGGGGUCGCCCUCAACGAGAGUGCUGCUGCCGUGCUUUUAGUUUGAGAGCCUUCCUGGAAUGCACACUGAAUAAUGGACCCUUCGCAUACCUGGUAGGUAGGUGGGGUGUCAUGGGUUCUCAGUGUGUCCUGUCUGUUGGGGGUACGUUUGUUGGAAGGACGUGUGUCGGUUUGGCGCUUCGCCUAUCUACCUACGUAGUGGUGUGACCGUACUCCGACCGGCGGAGAUUGCUUUCAGCCGUUAAAUUGAGAUCGGGAUUGGAGGCUAAAAAAGAAACGAAGGAAAAAAGAGAGAGAUCUGGAUUCGAGAGGAGGCUCGUGAGCGUAAAUUUUGUCGAUUUGCGCUGCGAGGUGGAUAUUCGCGAUGGCGUCUUUUCCGGAUCCAUCGGCGCGCUCUGGGCGGAGUCAGAGUCAAGGCGGGGACCCGCUGACGGCGGCGAAGCAUGCGCAAAGGGCGGGAACGGGAGCUCUGGCGAUGGCCACCCUGCAGGAUCAAUUGGCAGCCACGAUGAGGAGAGAGAGGGGAGGUGGGAAAGCAGCAGCUGCUGGGGAGAAGGGGGGGGCCACGGCAGCGACCUCCUCCACUACAGCAGGGGCAUAUGAGCUAUCUUCUACAGCUGCGAGAGGGCAACGUGGCACUUCGUUCUCGAUCCCCGGGACGGCUAGUUGGAUAGCACCACCAUCAGGGGAACUAGCGCAGUCGGGAUCCGGAGCAGGCGGGGGCGACCAGUCGUCGGCUUUCCGUGCUUCUACGGCCGGAUCGUCGGACUCGGUGGGGAGGAGUACGAGUUUUGACAGGCGGACUAUUGGUAGUAGUUCCAUGGUUGGUGGAGGAGGGACUGGCCAUGGCAGUGGUAAUAGCGGUGCUGGAGGAGGAGGAAAAGUAGGAGGGGGUGUAGCAGUGGCAGCAGGAGAUGGCGGCGGAGGAGAAGGGGCGGCGACCGGGCAACAACUGCAAGGAGGCGAGGGAGGGGGAACAACCCUUCCGAGAGUACGAAGCCCGACUCUGGACGGGAGGAAGGUGGGAGGAGGAGAAAGAGAACGGGGAGGGAGGGAGGGGAGUGUGGGUGGAAGUGGAGGUGCGGCGGUGUUGACAACAACGUCAAGCGCAAGAAGUCUUAGCAGUCAAGGAACUGCCGAUCAUGGAGGAACAGACGCCAUGUCGGAUAUCAUCGACCGACUUCUUUACCAUGCUUCCAGCAUUGGCGACGAGGCGGGGUCGGAAGGCGGGGCUGACGUGGCAGCCGGGUCGGAGUCUGGGACCGUGGAGGACGAGGCAGCAGCCGAACCGUUUGAUCCUUUUUGCAUCAAUGUCUGGUCGGGACCCCGUUCCAUGAGCACUUGCUUAAUGUAUUCAUUCUUACAGCGCGAUGAUGUUUGUGCUCUUGAUGAACCUUUAUAUGCACACUUUUUACGCCACACUGGAGUUUGGAGGCCUUAUCGCGACAGACUCCUCGCAGAGAUGGAUUCGAAUGGUGACCGUGUGGUUCAAGAUGUCAUUCUGAGUCCUCGAAAGAAGAAGAUCCUUUUUGUAAAGCAAAUGGGAAAACACAUUGCAGGGCUCAGCCAUCAGAGUCGAGAGUCCCUUUUGAUGGGAACAAGGCACGUGAUCCUCAUUCGGAAUCCCAUUGCAUCCCUUGUGGAGGUGGAGGAGGAAGAAUGUGUGAAGGUACUUGGGUAUGGUGGAUGGGUGGUGGAGGUGGAGGUGGAAGAGGGUGCGAAGGUGCUUGGCUAUGGUGGACGAGUGAAGGAAGUGAAGGUGGAAGGUGUGAAGGUACUUGGAUAUGGUGGAUGGGUGAAGGAGGUGGAGGUGAGUCCAGUUGCGGAAUUAAUGGUUAUGUGCGGUUGCAGAGUCUGUCGCGGUUGCAGCUGCACAUCUGGGCCGUUGCCUCUAUCCAAGAAGCUACUAUCGACCCGACCAUGAUCUUCUUUCCGCUGGUUACUGUUCAUCUCCUCCAUAACUCUCUUCCCUCGACUUGAGUGAACGUGGUUGGGCCGGUAGCCAGGUGCAUGCAUGAGUUCAUGGCUGAAGGGAGAGAGAGAGAGAAAGAGAGAGAGAGAGAGAGAGAGAAAGAGAGAGAGAGAGAGAAAGAGAGAGAGAGAGAGAGAGAGAGAGAGAGAGAGAGGAGUGCGCACCCAAAUUAUGUAUAUCCCAUGUUUAAGUGGGAGAUUCAUUCUAGUUUUGUACCUGUAUCUAUCCUUAUUAUAGCGGA